CUAGCCACAAAUCGAACCCUAACUAAGAAAUCUCAUCCCCCCAUCCCAGCCGCCACACCGCCCACAGCGCAGGCACAAGCGAGCAAGAGAAGGCAACGGCGCGACGGCACGACAACGGGGCGGCCGCAAGAGCAGCGGAUCAGCGCGCGGGGAGCGGCGGCGACUCUGCGCGUGGGCGGUGGCUCGCGAAGAGCAUCAAUGCACAGAUCUCGGUGAACGUCGAGCAUUCUGUCGUCGAAGAUGGUGCACGUCGAGCUCGACCGUGCGGACGAGUGGUCCGAGUCCGACGUCUCGGAAGAUGUCUCCGACUCCGAAGUGGGCGAUGGCCUGGACUGGCUCGACGCCGUCGAGAGCCAUGAUGGUUCAGCCCGGCUAUCCGCCGCCUUCUCGAUCGUCGGAGGCGCGGCCGCGGCGCGGAGGCCGAAUGCGCACGGCGGCGUGCUCUCCCGCCCCUUUCAGCCGCUCUCCAAUCGCACGCAGAAGCUCGCCUCCCACAUCCGGGCCACGCCCUUGGAGGAGUGGGAAGGUAGAAUGAACGUGGGGAUGUCAAAUUCGGUAACGACUGCAAUCAGGGACAGCAUAAGGGACACAUCAAUUGGCAAAAUAAGGAACCAUGAGAAGGCCGAUCGUGCUACGGUGGAACAGGUCUUUACAUGCUCUCUGCUAAGUGAUAUUUAUUCUGUCCUAUGCCUUUUGGAGCGGAACAUGUCUGCUUGCACUUGCAAUCUUGCAUAAUCCUAAUGUACCAUUCCAUUCCCUUUCAAUCGAGCUGGCAUUUGUUUCAAGAGUCUGCUUGGUUAGAAAGUAUCUUCUUGUACUGGAUACACAAGAAGUCAAAUUAAGUCAUUAAGAAUUUGUUUUAGUGCAUUUUACAUACCAUUCUGCCUUUUAUUGCACUUUUUAUGGAACUCUGUUUAAUUCCCAGCUAUAUGUAUGAUCUAAAUGGCACCAUGAG